UCACUGACGUAGCCAUUCCCAGACUUGCAGUUGUAUCGCAAUGCCGUCACACUCGUCUGCAACCGAGACCAUUUCUACCGUCGUUGACACGACGCCGAGCUUCGAGCAGCUUCGUGAUGCGCUUCUGGACCUGUCGGAGCCCACGGGAAAGCGCACGCGCGCCAUUUUCUACUUGCGUUCGCGUGGCGGCCUCGAAGAUCUGCAGGUUCUGCUGACUGCGCUCCUUAACCGCAAAGACUCGGAGCUCAUGCGCCACGAACUGGCCUACGUGAUCGGUCAAUUCCAGAUGGAAGAGGCCUGCGAGACGCUGCAGCAGGUUCUAGCCGACGAAGCGGACGACGGCAUGGUGCGCCACGAGGCAGCGGAGGCUUUGGGUGCCAUUGGCGCUUCCCAGUCUCUGCCUGUGCUUGAGAAAUACAGCGCGGAUCCGGCCCCAGAGGUCUCGGACACAUGCAAACUGGCAGUCACUCUGGUCAAGUACAAGUUAGCGAAGGCCAAGGGCGAGGUCGUCGAGGGAGAGGUGGACCGCAACCCGUACUUGUCUGAGGACCCGGCUCCUGCCGCUGAGAAGGACGUGUCGACGGCCGAACUCCGCAAGGUUCUGCUGGAUCCCAAUGGAGAUAUGUUCGCUAGAUACCGAGCCAUGUUCUCGCUGCGUAAUCGCAACACGGAAGAGGCGGCGCUCGCUUUGGCGGAGGCUUUUCAGGACCCGAACGCGCUGUUCAAGCACGAAGUGGCCUACGUCAUGGGCCAGAUGGAAAACCCUGUGCUUGUACCGGCACUCAAGAAGGUGUUGCUCGAUGAGACUGAACACCGCAUGGUGCGUCACGAAGCUGCUGAGGCGCUAGGAGCGAUUGGCUCAACGGAAUGCGAGAAGAUUCUGAAGCAAUACCUGAAGGACGACGUCCAGGUCGUGCGUGAGAGCUGCGAGGUGGCUCUGGAUAUUAUGGACUACUGGGCGCCCACCAAGUAA